AUGUCAGAAUCUGUGGAUUAUGAGACUGUUAAAGAAGCAGUGUUGAAGACGGUGGAAAUGGAUCCAGGAGUGUACAGGAGAAGGUUUAGGGACAUUAGGAAAAUGUGUGGACAAACUCAUCUUGAAGUGGCUAGAGAAUGUAGAAUGAGAUUUGAUAGAUGGUGUAAGUCUGAGGAAGUAAAGACUGUGGAUGACAUAAGACAGUUAGUCCUGUUGGAACAUUUUAAAAAUCUUGUGCACCCUGAGAUUAAGUAUGAAAUAAGUAAGAAUAGAGUGAAGAAUUUGAUGGAUGCUGCUAGGUUGGCUGACCAGUUAGCAGUGGUACACAAAAUGUAUAAGGAGGAGGUGUCACAUAAACAAGGUGGAGUAAGGCUUAAUAGAAGCCAGAAUUAUGACAAAAAUCAUAAGUAUCUGAACUAUUCAAAUGUUAAGCAACCUAGUCCAAAUUAUUCUAAGCGAGGUCCACCUAACCAGGUGUCACAAAAUACUGUAGGUAUAGAUCACAAGGACAAACACAAUAUAAACAUCCAAGACCUCAGUCCAACAGGAGAGAACACAAUAAAAUGUUUUGCAUGUGGAGAAAUUGGCCAUGCUAAAUAUCUGUGUCAGAGUGGUCCAAAGUCUGCGGCAUUAACUGUUGCGGAAAGACCGCGGAAUAUUUGUAAUGUAAGAGGUAACGAUUACUGUGUGAGUAACCCAAAAUCUGUGAAUUUUGAGCCAUUUAUUACUGAAGGGAAGGUUGGGAUUAAAUGUAGUCCCGAGAAGAAAAUUAUAAUAUUUAGAGAUUCUGGAGCAAAUCAGAGUUUGAUUUUGAAAAAUGUUUUAGAGUUGACAGAUGAGUCUUACUCUGGUGAAGAAGUAAAGUUAAGAGGAUUUGGGUCAGGGAUGACUGUCCCAUUACAUAAUGUAAAUCUUGAGAGUGGAUUUGUGAGUGGCAUUGUAAAAGUUGGGGUAAGUGUUGAACUUCCCGUACCUGGAGUACAGAUGUUAUUGGGUAAUGAUUUGGCUGGCGACACUGUGGUCCCAGAGCCUAUUAUGUGUGAAAAUCCAUUUGAUGAAGAGGCUACUGUAGAGGUGAACCAUGUUGUGAAAAAUGAAGAUGUGUUGGAUGAUUCAAAGAAAUGUACAGUAUAA